AUGGUGGAUCUUUACCUUGAGUACCCUGUGGGGCCCCCAGCAGACAUCUGGGCGAAGCAGCAGCAGCAGCAGCAGGAACAGCAGCAACAGCAGCAGCAGCAGAAGCAACAGCAGCAGCAGCAUCAGCAGCAAACACAUAACAGUGACGGGAGCAGCAGCAGUCGUGCCCCUGUUCUUGUCCUUGCUAUGCUGGGUUGCGUGUUGUUUAUUUUAUGUUUUUAUCGUCACCCCUUUGAGGGGGCCUCGGCUCUAGCCAUCAGCAGCGGGGCCUAUACAAUUCCUGCUACACACAAGUACUCUGAGGAGCUGAUGUCGCUGCUGCGGUGUCUGCUGUCGCUGCGGCCUUGGGAUAGGCCCACCGCGCAGCAGCUGGCAGCAGCACUGGAGGUCCCUGGUGGCGUCGCCAAGCUGCUGCAGCAGCAGCAGCAGAAGCAGCAGCAGCAGCAGCAGCAACAGCAGAAGCAGAAGCAGCAGCAGCAGCAGCAGCAGCAGGAGAGGAGGAAACACAGGCACCGAGGCGUGUCUUCUGUUAAGGGUGCAAAGGCAAAAUCAAUAGAAGAGGAAGACGACUGCUUAUUCGAUCCAUCUGCUGCUGCACCUGCAUCCUCGCUGCUGCACCAGCAGCAGCAGCAGCAGCAGCAGCAGGAACAGCAGCAGCAGCACGCCAAGGAAGCGAGGCUUCUAGCAUUAGCAGCAGCACUAGCAGCAGCAGCAGCAGCAGCAGCAGCAAGGCCCACCGCGCAGCAGCUGGCAGCAGCACUGGAGGUCCCUGGUGGCGUCGCCAAAGCAGCAGCAGCAGCAGCAGCAGCAGGAAGACUCACCCUGGGAGGCUUCUGA